GCGGCGGUGCAAGGAAGUUCCGCUCUUCUCAGAUAACAACAAGGGGGCCAGGCUUGGCGCUGGGAGCAUCUGGGCUUGCGAGCUAACCACCCAUCAGUCCGUCGGUCCAUCCAUCCGGAGAGAGGGCAGUGCCGUCCGUGGGCCCUGAAGCACGUCCCGCCUUCCUGUCGCCCCCUCCCCUCCCGCGACGCGCGGCGCUCCCCGCUGUGCCAGCAGCAGGAGCCCAUCGCGCCCGGCGCCCCGGCGGCCAGGCCGGCUCCCUUUGGCUCCUUCGCUGGCUCGGGGGGCUCGGGCUCCGCUUCGGUGUCUCCGCCUCUCUCCCGCCCCUUUUUCGGAUGCUCGGGACACCCGGAUGGAUUGAGUGAGCCCAGCCUUCGCCACCUCCUCCUCCCGGCUUAACUUGCUCAAACUUCCUUGGCCGGGGCCAGAGCGCCGCCGCCCCCGCGGGAGGAUCUUUGACUUCCAAGUGACUACAGAAGUGUGGAAUUGUGAAUAGACUGCCAGGUCCUACAAAGCAAAAAGAGGUCCUGUUCUCCAAAAGAUGCACUAUUACAGAUAUUCUAAUGCUGAAGUCAGCUGUUGGUACAAGUAUCUUCUAUUCAGCUACAACAUUGUCUUCUGGUUAGCUGGAGUUGUUUUUCUUGCUGUUGGACUCUGGGCAUGGAGCGAGAAGGGUGUGCUCUCAGACUUGACCAAAGUGACUCGUCUCCAUGGCGUGGAUCCUGUGGUCCUGGUCCUGAUAGUAGGCGUGGUGAUGUUCACAUUGGGCUUCGCCGGCUGUGUGGGGGCCCUGAGGGAAAACAUCUGCCUCCUGCAGUUUUUCUGUGGGGCCAUUGUACUGAUAUUUUUCCUGGAGCUGGCGGUUGCUGUGUUGGCCUUCCUGUUCCAGGACUGGGUGAGGGACAGGUUCAAGGAGUUUUUUGAGAUCAAUAUCAAGUCUUACCGAGACGACAUCGAUCUGCAGAAUCUUAUUGACUCCCUGCAGAAAGCUAACCAAUGCUGUGGGGCUUAUGGCCCUGAAGACUGGGACCUCAAUGUUUACUUUAAUUGCAGUGGAGAGAGCUACAGCCGAGAGAAAUGCGGUGUCCCAUUUUCUUGUUGUGUACCAGAUCCUGCACAAAAAGUCGUGAAUACACAGUGUGGAUAUGAUGUCAGAACUAUGACAAAGAAUAAAUGGGACGAGUCCAUCUUUACCAAAGGCUGUAUCCCUGCUUUGGAAGCCUGGCUGCCUCGGAACAUUUACAUAGUGGCAGGCAUUUUCAUUGCUGUCUCCUUACUACAGAUAUUUGGCAUCUUCCUGGCCCGGACCCUGAUUUCGGACAUUGAGGCUGUGAAGGCUGGCCAUCACUUCUGAAGAUCAAGUCCCACCAGCUGUGAAAGUGAAUCCAUUUCACUGUCAUUAACUUUUCAUCAAGAUGCAAAGAAGUCGACAAGCUAGUCUGACAGCUCUUGGCUGCCUUUCUACUACCAUCUCCCUCCACAUCGAAUCUUCCUUCGGCCAUCAGUAGUAAUUCUGUUUCUGCUUCGUGCUGGUGUGGAAGGAAGAGGGGACACUAAACAAAGCUCAGAAGACCUGAUGCCCACCAGAGCUUCCAUCCAGUGGGGAUCAGGACCAGGGGAGGGUGGUGGGGAUUGUGGCCUAGCAGCCGAGACCUGACCUGUAAGGGCCAAGAGUUGGGUGUGAAACAUGAAGGGGAAAACCUAAGAGACUGAUAAGCCCAAAUCUUAGGGCACCUCUAAGCGUCAUCUCAGCGUCGAUGUGUGCAGGAUAUCACUGUCUUAGAGCCUGGCCUUCUUGGCUCCCAGUUAUUGCAAUCUGAAUUCCUCCUUUGCUUCACUGGUGCUUACCUUGUUGGGUAGAGAAAACCCAAUACUGGGAAGACAAAACUACAUAGAGAAGUCUCUAUUCUGUCAGGGAUACCCGUCACAAAGAAGUUGAAGUUGAAUUGCUUCUUGGGUAUCUUGUCUUUCUAAAGGGAAAGUCCAGGGAAUGAGAGAUUGAUUGAUUCUGUGUGUGUGUGUGUGUGUGUGUGUGUGUACACAGAUGAAUUUAACUGGGUGCCAAGAUAAUCUGAAUCAAAGAGAGUGUGGAACUUCAACUGUGCAGAAGGCAUAGUGACCCUGAGCCAAUGUAGAUACUUUAGUUAAAAAGAAUCUUCUUUUCCUGCCUCCCUGAGAAAAGCUUCUAAAAGGCAGAGCCUCCAUGAAUGUCCUUCCGAAGGCUUUUCUGAGGGGAGAAGCCAUCUGCUUUUGUUCUAAUAGCAUUAGUUUCCAAAGGCAUUUUGGUGGUGGGGGGACGUCUGUGGUUUGGAUUUUACUCUAAUAUGUCUCAUCAUUUUCUCAAAAUUUGUAAAUAGUUUUAUUUAUCUGGGUAAACACAUUUUCUCAGAAGUACUUUUAUUGUUUUUUUAGAGCUUCUCUUUCCCAGCCCCCAAAAAGCCUUGUAUCAAGGUCAGACUUUAUACAUUGACUAUGUGGCUUUUUAUUACCCUUAACUAAAGUGAUCCUAGCAACUUUCUUAAGCUCAUAAAUUGGAGAGAAAGUGCUGCCUUGCUCUGGUGAAGGGAAUUUCCACACCUGGGAGUUUCCUGUGCCAUUGAAAUCAUAAGUUCACUUCCUAACUCAAUCAUUUAUUAAUUUGACUUUAGCUGGAAUGAAAUCAUUUUUUAAAAAAUUUAUCUGGGUUUUUUAAAAAACUAAUAUCCCUGAUGAUACUGUAUAAUUUGUCUUGAGUACGUUUCCCCUUAGUUUUCUCCUUGUCCCCCAGCCUCCAUCAACUGAUGCUUCAGCCCCUGAUUUUUCAUUGCUGCCGAAAAAGGAUAUGGGGAAGCUAUCUUCCAAAACCAGUUAGUGUUAAGGAUAAUAGUUGACUAAAAGAUUUUUUAGGGGUUCUAGAAGCCAUUCAGUAUUCUCAUUUUUGUUGGAAAGCUCUACCUAGCUGAGAAUGUUUAUUUUCUCAUCCCCUCCCAGCUCUUCUACCCUCAAGUCCCAUUUUUUUCUUUUUUGGUUCCCAAUCAGGCAGGUUCUCUUCAAUGCUUAUAUUGUCUAGCUUUAUCACAUCAUCUUACCUAAACUCCAUCUUGCUCCUUUCACAUUGCUUAUUUUUGUUUAUUGAGAGGUGUCUUUAUUACAUGAAAUCUGUUUCCUCUACUAAUUAAUACUCCCCUUCCUUGGCCUCUCUAAUUGGGGCAUAGUCAGUUUUGUGUUGGGCCAUUUACUAACAGUCAUUCCUACUUAUAAUGGUGCCCUAUUUGUUCAGGGAUUGCUAUGUUUAAUGUUCAUGCCUAAUAUGAUGUAAGUUUUAGAAUGGUGUAGGCUGUUUUUUUUUUUUUUUUUUAAGUUUUGUGUGUUUGUAGACUAGGGAAAGAAUGAUUCCUGUGAUUUUGGAAGUGUGAUGCCUUUCUUUGACCGCCAAACUUGUUUUUUUUGUUGUUGUUUUUGAAUUAUAUCUUUAUAUAAAUGUUGAUUUUUUUUCUUAUUUCCCAAGUGAUGUUAAGUAUCACAGUAGUAAAUAAACAUGGCUACCAUGGGAAUCAAGGGCUAUUCGAACCUGACAGCAAUGAUUGAUGGCCAAGGCAAAUGGCCUGUGGCUCAAUUUGGGAUAUAUUUCAUGGGCAGGGUUCCCUCCCCCGAUUCUAAACACAAUUUUCAACUUCUUUUUUAUGUGAAGACCAAAACUAAAGUAAAAUUGUUCAUGUUCCAACCUAUCCUAGACUAGUUUGUGGCAGCGAUUUCUGCAUCCACAAGGGAGGCCUUGAUCCUCCAAUACUGUUUGUUCAGGAUAAAGGCAUAAUUUCUCAUA